CACCUCUUGACGAGCAUCAAACGUCAUCUCCGAAGCCAAAACCAAAACUUCAACAAGACAUUACAGAAACAAGCGACCACGAUGUUCAAAGCCGUCCUCCCCAUCAUCCUCUCCCUCGCCCUCCUCUCCCUCGCAACACCACUGCCUUCUACCGAGAAACCAGAGACCGCGCGCCUGUGCACUAAGAUCUGCGGCGGCGAGGAUCUGACGUGUGCUGCUGAUGGGGAUUGGUACCCGUAUAACUUUGAAGGAAGUCGCUGCUAUGCUUGCUGUAAGGACGUUGAGAAGGAUUGGUGAGAUUUAGAUUGAUGAAGUCUGGCAUGGAGGAUGGACGAGGAUUGUGAAGAGGGAUUGGGCGUUAUGUGGUAUGGGCUGAGGUGGU